UUCCCAGAAUGCCGCUUGGGCCCCGCCUUUUCCUCCGCACACCGCUCUCGUCGAGUUUCUGUUUUGCUGUGAUUUCACUCCUGCUUCUCUCAGCUAUAUGAUUUUGACACUCCUCGCCCUGCACCAGCCCCACUCGUCCUAUUCGUCACCACCAGCGACAGCACCCGGCUCGGUUUGGCAACUGUCAGUCGUCGGUGUUUGGGGUGGAGGAUGUCCGCUGGCUCCACCGGGCCACUGUUGGUUAGGAACGGUCUAUAGCGCAGCCUCCUCUGGAAAAACGGAGUUUUUUUCGUGUUGUUGUUUUAAAGUCGUGCUCGGGCUGUUUGUGUCGGUGACAAAGCCGGGCCCUCUCUUUUAAACACGGGGCUGCACUGCUGUGAAAGUGUGCCGCGUCAGGUUAAAUGGAUAUGUGUGCCGUGCCAGGCUAAGGCGGGGACGGAUCGGAGAUGCCCUCUGGCUAGCAACGCUAACUUUCAGUGGACCACAGCUAGGUCGCAGCACUGAUUUCUUAGCGUAAUUUUGGCCGACACAACGUAGCCUUACGUGCGUGCUUUGUUUUUAAGACACUUGCAAGUUUGUUGUUAGUAAUGAAAAAACACUGCGACUAUUAAAAGGAAGUAAAAAUGAUUAAAUAGCGAUAACUCGAAGCGGUUUUCUUCCACUCGAAGCUUGACGUGAAACUAGCUUAGCCGUGCUUGUCAACAGGACAACAACAAAUGCCUUCUUCUCAUUCACGGACACAACAGACAGUGGGGACCGUUUAGCACUGACGCACUCCUACUUCAUGUAUGUUUAAGGACACUACCUGUUAACUUGACUCCUUUUCUUUCUUUCUUUCUUUUUAAUUAACAAAUGCUAGCAGGUGGUUUUGGGCGAGCAUGUGAACUAACUAGUUAGCGCGCAAGGAAAGGGGUGUGCAUUAAGACAUUUCGGGUUCACUCAAGGUGUUUGGCACCUGACCACUUAAGUCGCAUCGAGGACAAGGCAGCAGCAGCAGCCCAGUCUGUUUACCAUGGAGGGAAAUGCACAACAGCAGAAAACGACUCCUCUAACUCGGGAACUGACGAGAGUAUUUACCAGCUACAACAAGCACUCCGUACAGCUGAAGAAAAACCUAAAGGAGACUAAUGCUUUCUUCCGGGAAAUACGGCAAAACUACAGCAAUGCUUGUGCAUCGACCAUGAGCUCGGCUUCAGCUUCUCUGGAGGCAGGUCAGCUGAGCUGUAUCUCGUUCCCUGUUCAUGAAGAAGAGUUCCUACGCAACAAUGUGGGUGCUGCCCCCUAUAUCCUUGUGCUGGGCCAGAACUGCACUGCUCGCUACCAGCUGGUCAACAGCCUUCUAGGGGAGAAGCUGCUGCCACUGGGCGGUGAGGCUGGAGAGCCUUGUGAAGGAGUCCAGGGCACUGUCUGCAAGAGGAGGAAACUUUGUUUCACCCAUGGGAGACAGACACGGCUCAGCUUGGCACUGCCUGGCCAGUAUGAGCUGGUGCACCAGUUGGCGGCUAAUUGUGGUCGCUGGGAUACGGUUCCCAGGGAGGACCUGGAGAUCCAUGAGGAAUGCGAGGACCCAGCCCACAGGCUAGCAGAGCUGGAAAUCACUCUCCAUCACUCGCUGCUUCAGGAAGCAAAGGUCAUGGUGGUGCCUUGCCCAAGUGUCCAGCCCAUAGAAGAAGCUCUGGAAGACUGCACUCGCAAUGUGAUCCCAGUCAUACUCUAUGCCAUCAACCAGGACUCCCUCAGCUCAGAACAGGUGGCACAGCUCUGGAAGGUCAAAGAGAUGCUCUCCUUUCCCAUCUGUUUUGUCCGUUUGCCUGACAGCGUUCCAGCAGCAUCCCCAGAAUGUGGCCGCCACACAGAGAAGGAGAAGAGCCCCCUUCACAAGCAGCUACUGUCACUUGGCUUUCUCAAUAGCCCGACAGGAAACUGUUCCUGUGGCGCCCCAACGCAGAUGCCCACACCGGGCUCCAAGCCCCAGAGCAUUUUGGGUGAAUCUUUUGAAAGACUGCAUCGGUCAUUGGUGCCGUUUGCUCGCCAGGUGCUUCAAAAUCAGCAGGUGGAAGCUGCCAGCCUGCUCAAUGGACUUCACUGUCGGUGUCUAGAUCUUUUUAUCAACCAGGCCUUUGACAUGCAGAGGGACCUGCAGAUAACACCACGCAGGCUGGAGUACACCCGAGAGAAAGAGGGUGAACUCUUCAACUCCCUUAUGGCCAUCGCUAACCGCAAACAGGAAGAGAUGAAGGAGAUGAUAGUGGAGACACUCACCAGCAUGAAAGAGCAGUUACUGGAGGAUGCUGCCAACCUGGAGUUUACAGACGUCAUCGUGACAACAAAUGGAGAGCCUGUUACGUCAAAGGAGAUAAAAUCCUGCAUCAACCAGAUCCAGGAGCUGAUAGUGGCCAGUUUGAAUCAGGCUGUGGCGAAUAAGCUCAUCAGCUCCGUGGAUUAUCUGAGGGAGAGCUUUGUAGGAACUCUGGAGCGAUGCCUCAGCAGUCUGGAGAAGUCCAAUUUUGAUUCUUCUGUUCACAAUAUCACUUCUAAUCAUCUCAAACAGCUGUUAAAUGCUGCCUAUCACGUAGAGGUCACCUUUCAUUCUGGAUCUUCUGUCACGAGACUCGUUUGGGAGCAAAUCAAACAGAUAAUCCACAGGAUAACGUUUGUAAACCCUCCUGCCAUCACUCCAGAGUGGAAGCGCAAAGUGGCCCAGGACGCCAUCGAAAGUCUCAGCGCUGCCAAACUGGCCCGAAGUAUCUGCUCGCAGUUCAGGACCCGGCUCAACAGCUCCCAUGAGGCUUUCGCUGCAUCUCUGCGUCAGCUGGAGGAAGGGCACACGGGCCGUCUGGAGCGCACCGAGGACCUGUGGCUGCGUGUGAGGAAGGACCACGCCCCUCGACUGGCCCGCUUGUCUUUGGAGAGCCGCUCUCUGAGGGACGUGCUGCUGCAUGGCAAGCCCAAGCUUGGGCGGGAGUUGGGUCGGGGUCAGUACGGCGUUGUGUAUUUGUGUGAUAGCUGGGGAGGUCACUACCCAUGUGCACUGAAGUCGGUGGUCCCGCCUGACGAUAAACACUGGAACGACCUGGCUUUAGAGUUUCACUACACACGGUCACUGCCCAAACAUGAGCGGCUCGUCGACCUGCACGGCUCUGUGAUUGAUUACACCUACGGAGACGGCUCCAGCAUAUCUGUGCUGCUUAUCAUGGAGCGGCUGCACCGAGACCUCUACACAGGCUUGAAGGCUGGUUUAUCACUGAAAGAGAGACUGCAGAUUGCUCUGGAUGUAGUGGAGGGGAUCCGUUUCCUCCACGGUCAGGGUCUCCUGCACAGAGACAUAAAGCUAAAAAAUGUUCUGUUGGACAAACAAAAUCGGGCAAAGAUCACCGACCUGGGCUUCUGUAAACCAGAGGCCAUGAUGUCUGGCAGCAUAGUAGGAACUCCCAUCCACAUGGCUCCAGAGCUGUUUACAGGAAAAUAUGACAACUCUGUGGACGUCUACGCCUUUGGGAUCCUGUUCUGGUACCUGUGCACCGGUUCAGUGAAACUUCCAGAAGCUUUUGAGAAAUGCUCCAGCAAGGAUCAGCUCUGGACCAACGUUAAAAAAGGUUCCAGACCAGAGCGCGUGCCUACUUUUGAUGAAGAGUGCUGGCAGCUGAUGGAGGCCUGCUGGAACGGGGACCCCUCCCAGAGACCCCUGCUUGGUAUCGUUGAGCCGAGCCUGCAAAGUAUUAUGAAGCGGCUCUGCAACUGCAACUCGGAGCAGAAAAGCAGCAGCCUGGAGGACUCGAACUGAAUACACUCCAGACAAACUAACACGUGUGUGUGAUAGAGAUACUGUUUGGAAAAGUAUUUUUGUCGUAUUUAUGAAGAAUGGAGAAUUUCAGAAAAACAGGCGACGUUUAAAAAAACAAAAAAAGAUGUCCAAGUUGACCUCCUUGUUCACACUUAUUGCAUUUACAUUAUUUAUGAGAUGUUGACCAGAAGUUUGCAAAUACGUGUUUUAUUGAUUGUGUGUAAUUGAUUUGUAUACAAACUCUAUUUGCUUUCUUGUAGCUGCACUGCUAAUUGCUACUUUGUCAUAGAAAUGUUACUAGGUUCAAAGUGUUUUAAAAUGUAGUCCAUUCCCAGUAUUAUGAAAAAAAUAUAAAAUUAAUUUUAGAUUGUAUUUAAACUGAACAUGUCUGUCUAUACAAGCACAUCUUUUUUUAAUAAAAUUAUCUGUUACAACCAA